AAUUUAGCAGUGUAGUAUUACCACUUAAGUAAUCAAUUUUCUUUGAUUUUAUAUAUAUAUAUAUAUGUAUAUAUGUAUGUAUAUAUAUAUAUAUGCAUGUAUGUAUGUAUGUAUGUAUGUAUAUGUAUAUAUAUAUAUAUUUUUUUAAUUUUCAUUUUUUGCUUCAAUAGCAAAUACGUAGUUUCUCUGCUUGCCUUAAAGAAAUAUCCCUUAUGCUAAAUUGUAUUAACUAUAUAUGUAUAAUAUAUGGAGAAAAAAAAUUGUUAAUCAGAAAUUAUUUUUUUGACAAAAUUUUAUGAAAUUAGAACUGCUAAGGGAGAUCUUUUGAGACAAGUGGCUAGAAGCAAUCCUUUUACUUAUAUCGUUUCUAACGACGUUGAACCUACAUAGAUGCGUUUAAUGUUCUUUCCUUAUUUGAUACAUGUAAACUAUAAAAAAAAAAUUGUUAUUUGAAUCCGAAGGUUUUAAUGACUGAACUUUGUACAAUAUCAUAGAGAGAGAAAAAAAGAGAGAGUGAGAGUUAAUUAAAAAUUAUGCGGUCGUUCUUGGUCCAGUUGUUGUUCGUUAAACUUGUGGAAAGCACAGACGAACUUGCAGUGAAAGAGACGUACUUGUAUUUACUUUCUGUCUUCUCUGAUACCGUGUUCACAUAAAUACACUUCCAACGAUGCAACAAAAAAUAUAUUAUCUUAUUGUAGCCAUGUAACACGAUUCAGAAAUAGUAUGUCUUUUUAAGAAAUUGCAAAGCUACUCUAUCAGCCAGUGUAAUUUAUUAUUUUCGUGUGUACAAGAUGGGGGAGAAAAGGAGAAAGUUAGUCAAGAAGAAAAAACCCUUAUACCGCAGUGUCAUUAAUAAUUGUUAAAAAGAAAGAAAGAAAAGAAAAAAGAUAAAUAACAUCAGAAUAUUAAAAAAGGGAAAAAGCAUAUUCACGCGUCACCUCGAUAUUCAUUCCAUUUGAUGAAAGAUAAUAGAAGAGGGAGUUACAGGUGUACUACACAGUGUGAUGCUCUUACAUCAGUAUCAUAUGCAGAAGAAGUAUAUGUGAAGGGUGUUUGAAAUACCCAUGCGAUUGAUAGUAGUCUGUACACCUAUUUUGUACAUAUACGAUACACAAUAAAAAAUUUCACAACUUUUAAUCAGUAUUGCAUGAGUAAAAUUCAUUCGAGUAUACCUCCCCAGCAGUGAGAGUGUAUGCUACUUUAUAUAAGGGAGCUUAUUAUCUAACGAAUUUUUUUCUUUAUAUAUAUAUAAUAUAUAUAUAGAAAAAAUAAAAAAGAAAGAAAUCAAAUAUAAAAUAUAAAACGCGUUAAUUAGCCUUCUUUUUGUAUUUGUGAUUGACCUGAUAACGUGUGUUUUUAAUUGCGAUAAUUAUGAAAAGCGGUGUUUGACGAAAAGAGCAGUUUCUGUAAAAAAAAAAAAAAAUCAGUGUAUUACAGAUGAAAUAAACAUUUUUCUAAAAUAUAUGUAGAAACCAUCACCACAGUAAUAAUUUUUACGUUCGUUACUUUCAUACACUUUUAAGUAAUCGUAAAUUAACAGUUUUUUUUUAUACGUAAUAUGUAUUUCAGUAUAUGUAUUGCAAUAUGUAUGCUUCGCUCGAGUGUCAAUUUUUUGUCAUAUUGAGAAUGUCACCUUUGAUGAUUGUAACCUUUUUUUGAGAUGUUUCAAUUUAUCUUCCCUUUUUAUGUAAGAAGUGAAAUGAAUCUAGAUCAUUUGAUUAAUCCGCAUUCAAGAUCAUUUUGAAAUUUUAAGAAAGUGAACAUCUUCGAGAAGGCGUUCUGAAUAAGUUUUGCUAUUUAAAUUGAUAGAUAUUAUAUGCAGAGUUCUCAAUUAAAUGGAACUUCUGGGUCUGACGUCACAGGCAAUCGAAUUUCUUCAGAAAAAUCAGAAUGUAAUACAACUGAAAAAGAAUCGAAGUCACUUCGUAGACAAGUAGCAAAUUUAACAGAGACCAUCGCCGAUCUACAAAACAACAUUUACACAAAAGAUAUUCAAUUGGAGAACAUGCGUAAAGACGGAGAAAGAUUAUCAGCUGAAUUAAAGAAACAACAGAGAUGUAAUAGAAAUCUUAAACAACAGCUGGAUGAUGAGAGAUAUUUUUAUCAGAGAGAGAAGGAUCACUUUUGCGAAGAGAUUCAACGUCAUAAAAACAAAUGUACAAACAAUGGAUUGAAAUUACAAGAGCAACGAUGGAAAGAAUUGAAGGAAAUAAGAGACUCAUUGGAUGAGGAAAAUAAACAAUUGCGCGAGGAGUUAGCUGAGAAAAGUGAGAUCACAUAUAAUUUGUGUAUUAAAUUUCUGCGUAUGAAGCAUGCAAAGGACACGGUUAGACACAAGUUUGAUCAGUUGCACCGGGAACACUUAAGAGUAAUGGAAGAAAUGAUGGAGAAGCUCGACGAAGCUAGGGAAGAACUCAAUGUGAUUAUAUCGGAGAAGUUUCAAGAACCAUUGCCAGUUAACAAGGUUAAAUUCUUGCAAGUCGUACAAAGAAAUACUCGAUUGGUUUAUGAGAAUGCGACUUUGAGAGUACAGAUUCAGCAUCUUACGCAAAGUUUAAAUAAAUUGAAGAACUAUACGGAGAAGCCUAAAGCAAUUAAAGUUGAUGCACGUAUUAUAGCGAAACUUGCUACUCAAAGUCGUAGAAGGCAAGAUUCGGAAAUAAUUCGAAAAUGUGUUGCAACAUCUUGCGUUACCCAACCAGUAAAUAUAUCGGCCAGCAAUUCGAGUACAAAUAACAGCAAAUCGGCUGAUAAAACAACAAAUGAAAAAGCAGCCUCAAAGAUUCGAGCUAAAGCUUGGGAUAAAUAUAAAUUUGUAACCGUAAAGGAAGACUCUCAAGAAACAAGUUCGAUUAAAUCUAAAGUUGGAUGUAUAAAAGAGAAUAAAGAAAAAGAAAUGGAUCAAAAUAAUUCCACUUCUACGACCAGUACGGAUAGUACAACGGAACAUUUACAAAAAUAUAUUGAAGUUAGAUACCGAUUGGAGAAAACAUCAACUAAGUGACUUACCUACAAUCAGUCUUUGUCGGAACGUUUACCGUGGUAUGUCGGUAAGGAAGAUUAAUGCGAGUCAAUGGUAAAUAUUUCAAACAAAUUUCAACAGAUAAAUAAUAUGUA